GACUUCUAGCGAUAUAACGACGGAAGCACUUUUGGAACAAAUUGCUUGCCGUAGUUUUAGCAGACUAAUGUAAACAUGGCGUCCUCAAUGUCACUCCUCAACCUAAGCCGAGCCUGUUUACUGAAUCCUGCGAACAAAGUAUUCCUAAAUCCCACCAGGGCCCUCACUACAUCGGUAUGGAGACAGGCCGAGGGCAAAGGGAAGGAUUCGCAGCUCAUCACCGUUCAAGAGAAACUGGACAUCACUAGUCUCACUGGCGUGCCAGAAGAGCACACUAAGACGCGUAAGGUGCGCAUCUUUGUGCCAACGCGCACUGCCAUGCAGUCGGGGGUCAACAGCACCAAGAAGUGGAAGGUGGACUUUGAUACCCGCGAGCGCUGGGAGAACCCACUGAUGGGCUGGUCCUCCACCGGUGACCCCCUCUCCAACAUGGUACUGACCUUCAGCUCCAAGGAGGACGCCAUCGCUUUCGUGGAGAAGAAUGGUUGGAGUUACGAUAUCACGGAAAAAAGGACGCCCAAGCCAAGAGUGAAGUCAUACGGGGCUAACUUCUCCUGGGACAGGAGGACAAGAAGGUCUUGCAAGUAGACCCACACCACCUGUUGUGUGUGUGUGUGUGUGUGCGUUCCUGCCGCUUGCUAGCGAUCAAUAGCAGUUCUGUAUUAUAAUAUUAUCUUAUUCGUCAAAUAAUAAAAAGGCUCACUUACAUCCA